AUGCCUCGGCUGCGGAGAGUGGUAAACUCAAAAUACAGCGUCGAAGAUGAGGACAUUCCACUGGAUACACAGGAUCAAGAUGCUCUGAUCAGUGGGUUCAAAGAAAAAGUGCCGUUCAAUAAAACACGGCCCAGAAACAAGCUUGAUAAUCAGCUGAUCAGAGUAAUGCAGAUGAUCCAGGGAGCCUUUUUAGUGGUGAAUCUUAUUCUGAUAACCAAUUCAUAUUACCGUCGCGAAAACCCGCUGUUGAGUUGUGUGUCGUGUGUGCUGAUACUGGGUCUUGCUAUUUUGAUUCAUGUUGAGUUUGUAAAACCCCGAGAGUUAUGUGACACCAUUUCAAAUAAGCAAUUACUUGUGGCCAACCUGGUUUUGUCAGGAAUUGUGUUUGUGGUGAAAUUAAGAACGUACUCGGGAAUCAUGGAUGCUCUAUUUUUCGUUCCGUUCGUGACCGGACUGAGUCUGUUUUCGCUCCUUCAGGAUAUCAAGUCGUUGAGUCUAGACAUUCUGGAAUUGGAGCAGCUAAAGUUCAACUAUAAGGAGGCUUGA